GAUGCAGCCAAGCAGAUCUUCUACUCGCUUGGUCCAGCAUGGGGAGGCCUCAUCACUCUGGCAAGCUACAACAAGUUCAACAACAAUCUCUACAGGGACGCGCUCAUCGUCUCCGUUGGCAACUGUGCUACGAGCGUCUUCGCUGGCUUUGCGAUCUUCUCCAUUCUCGGCUUCAUGGCGCACGACAUCAACGUUCCAGUCGGCGAGGUCGUCGACAGCGGACCGGGCCUUGCGUUCAUAGCCUACCCGGAAGCAAUAACUAGACUUCCGAUCGCACCUCUUUGGUCGUUCCUGUUCUUUUUCAUGAUAAUCACACUGGGAUUAGAUAGUCAGUUCAGCGAUGAUGGAAACAAAUACCAGAUAAUUUUUGCCGUUACUGGGAAUGGCCAUCGGUCAUCUGAUGCGUUAUACGAUGUUCCGAAUGUAAAGUCUCCGCAAACUCGGCGGUUUGGCGACGACAUUGCUAUGAUGAUAGGCUACAGACCGUUCAUCGGAUGGCAAAUCAUGUGGAAAUUCGUGACGCCUGCCAUCCUUCUGUUCAUCUUGUUCUUCACGUGGAUUGACUACACACCGAUCAAAUACGCUAGCUACGUGUACCCGCCGUGGGCCAACGGUAUUGGAUGGAUGCUUGCUCUACUUGUCCGUAAUACAGGUUCCCAUCUUCGCCGCCAUUACUGUGGCAACCAAGCCUGCUGGCAUGUCGGUCUUCCAGUUGUUUAUGGCGACGGAGGAGUGGGCGCCUGCCGAGACCCUAGCCAAGAGGAAGAUGAGUCAUGUUAACGAGAUGAAGGCCAACGCUGCACCCACUUACCUCAACCCGGCAGGGCCGCAUUACUACAAGGACCAAGAAAGCGACCUACCGCCAGCAUAUAGUAACGAGUUCGAGAGUCACAUGUAAUCAAUCGAGUAGAUAUUUUGAAGUAAUUACGUUAGAUAUGUUGUUGUAUAUAUAUAUAUAUAUAUAUAUAUAUAUAUAUAUUGUAAUUCACAAUUCCGUAACAGAUGUAGGCCUGGAGAGAGGUCCUUCAGGUUAAUAUAUUUUAUGCACAGGUACACUAGAUAUAUAUAUAUAUAUAUAUAUAUAUAUA